GACUGCUGAAGGGGGGGAGUUAGUAAUUUUAUUGGAACUCAGAAGUCAUUAGCAAAUCAAAACUCCCUUGUGUUGAGCCUUGCUUUCUCUCUGACAACACUUCCUUUUUCCCAUAACAUCCUCUAAAUUUCCCCCCAAACCCCCACUUUUCUCCCUUUUCCGACACCUUUAUUUAUUCAAAAUCCUUCUAUUAGAUCCAGUUUUCCCAAUUUUUGCUAAUUUCCCACUAGUUUUUCCCAAUUUUUUGUUACACAGUUUGCACUAAUCCCAAUAAAGAUGAAAAGACGAUCCAAUUCUUUGAAUUCUGUGAAAAAUCUUCAUAAUUCCCCUCAAUUACUUUGAUGGGUUUGUGACUUUUUGAAAGUUGUUUUGCGUGUAUAAGCUUCCUCCUGCCUCUAUAUUGCAGACAAGAAAACUUUUUAAAACAAUACAAUAGAUAUCUAUUCGCGUUAUAACAGUGAUUAGGAGGAGUUAUCGCACCUUCGAAAAUGGAAGGGUCAUCGGCUCCAGCUGUAAGGCGAGACCCGUACGAGGUACUGUCUGUGAGGAAGGAUUCAUCUGAUCAGGAGAUUAAAAGUGCUUACAGAAAGCUUGCUCUCAAGUAUCAUCCUGACAAGAAUUCUAAUAAUCCUGAGGCAUCAGAACUCUUCAAGGAGGUUGCAUAUUCCUAUGGUAUUCUAUCUGAUCCAGAAAAAAGGAGGCAGUAUGAUAUGGCAGGUUUUGAGGCUCUUGAUGCUGAAGGAACAGAUAUGGAAAUUGAUUUGUCUAAUCUUGGAACUGUCAACACAAUGUUUGCAGCAUUGUUCAGCAAGUUGGGCGUUCCCAUCAAAACAACUGUGUCUGCUAAUGUUCUUGAAGAAGCUUUGAAUGGAACUGUCACAAUCCGGCCUCUACCAAUUGGGACAUCACUUAGUGGAAAGGUUGAAAAGCAAACUGCCCAUUUUUUUGGUGUAACGAUUAGCAAUGAACUAGCGGAGGCAGGACUUGUAGUUAGAGUUACUUCAGCGGCUCAAAGCAAGUUUAAGUUACUCUAUUUUGAACAAGAUGCAAAUGGGGGUUAUGGCCUGGCUUUGCAGGAAGAUAGUGAGAAAACGGGUAAGGUAACGUCAGCAGGAAUGUAUUUCUUGCAUUUUCAGGUGUACAGAAUAGAUUCAACUGUAAAUGCGUUAGCAAUGGCUAAGGACCCUGAAGCUGCUUUCUUUAAGAAGCUGGAGGGCCUUCAACCUUGUGAGGUCUCAGAACUAAAAGCUGGCUCUCACAUAUUUGCUGUUUAUGGAGAUAAUUUCUUUAAGCCUGCUACUUAUAUAAUUGAGGCUCUUUGUGCCAAGUCAUAUGAAGAUACUACUGUUAAGCUCAAGGAUAUUGAGGCUCAGAUUUUGAGGAAGAGAAAUGAGCUUCGGCAGUUCGAAAUCGAAUAUAGAAAGGCAUUGGCACAUUUCCAGGAAGUGACCAAUAGAUACACCCAAGAGAAGCAAUCUGUCGAUGAGAUGCUGAAACAAAGAGACAGCAUCCACUCUGCAUUCACAGUUGCAAGGUCAAUUGCUAAUCUAAGUGGCAGUGGAAGCGGGCAUUUCAGUAAUGGAAGUAGCAGUAAAGUCCUCGGUGAAGAUUAUAAAACUGAUGUUCCAGGGGAAUAUGGCAUCUCAGACUCCAAGGAGAAGUCGUCAAAGAAAAGAUGGUUCAACCUUAACCUCAAAGGAUCAGAUAAAAAGAACUAAAAAUGGUUGGUUAUCUAUGUCCCAAACUUGGUAUUGAGUCUGGGUUAUAGCAUCGCUGUCAACACCAAGGGCUGGUAUUGUAUUGCCGGAAGAAGUCCCUUCAAUAUCUUUAUUCUAUUUGUUAGUUUGUGUGUUCUCUCUUUAGGCAAGUGAGGUUUGGCAUAUAUGUGGUUUUUUUGUUUGUAUGCUUGAUGUCAAUCCAUAUAAAGUGUAGAAUUCAGAGAUGUAAUUUCAGUCAAUGGACUUGUUCCUUUUUGGUUGGCACUGCGAAGUUCUAAUGUUUCACUGGUGGGAAUAUCAAUUCUUUCUUGUGAAAUUGGAUGUAGUGGUGAUUUCUCA